UGGGCAGAUGCAAUCAUGUGACAAGCAGCACGGUCUAAUUCCAACAAUGUCCACAUGAAAGCAGUAGUUUAUGGCAUACAGGUCUCAUAUACGACUAUACCCAGAUUAGUAGUUUAUGGAAAUAAACUCUUAAUUAAUUUUAAUUUAAGUUCGAGUUUUCCAGAUACCCGAGAGGAGAUGAAUUACGGAUUUGGGAGAGAAAGUGGUUUCAUCAACAGCCAGCCGUCGCUCGCUGAGUGCCUGACAUCUCUUACUAACCCUGUCGGUGAUGCAUUUCAAAGUUCAUCAAUCAAGAGCUCGGCGCUUUCACAUUCGACAUUGAUUCCUCCUCCUUUUGAGCAGAGCAUCCCCGGCCUGAACCAGGGCGUCCACCCACGCCACAGUCGCCCGAAGCAGCAAGCGGCUGUGAAAGUCUGCAGCCCGGUGCAGGCUGCAUCUCUACCCCCGCAUUACCCGUGGAUGAAGGAGAAGAAAAGCAUCAAGAGGAACCAGAUUUCUGCGACAGCGACUGACUCCUCGCCUCCUUACUUCUCCCCCCAAGGUUCACCAGAGGCUCUAGAGGGUGCUGCAGGCGGCGGAGGGGCAUCCCGGAGACUGAGGACAGCGUACACCAACACCCAACUCCUGGAGCUGGAGAAGGAGUUCCACUUUAACAAAUACCUGUGCAGACCGAGGCGCGUGGAAAUAGCCGCUUUGCUGGAUUUAAGCGAGAAGCAGGUGAAAGUUUGGUUUCAGAACCGGAGGAUGAAGCACAAGAGGCAGACGCAUAGUAAGGAGAACCGGGACUGUGAGGGCACAUACGCGGGCCUGGACGACGACGACGACGACGACGACGAAGACACGCCGGAGGAUGAGUUUUUCGAGGAGGGUGGUGCAAAGGACGAGAGGUAUUUCCAGCAGAAUGCUUUGACUUCACAACAGUGUCAAAGCGCGCUCAAUGGAGAGCACCAGAGCCCGCCUGUUACGCCUUUGAACAGCAAUGACAAAAAUCUGAAACAUUUCCCCAACGCGGCUCCUACUGUUCCAAUCUGUGUGUCGACAAUAGGCCGAGACAAUGAUGAGGAUUCCCCGUGCCUGGACGUCUGUUCACAGGAUUUCCACGUUUUCUCAUCCUUCUCUUCUUUCUCACCCAGUUUGUCAGAUUGUACGCACAGUCCUUUGCCCUUAUCGUCCGAAACGUUUGACCUUUUCUCUGAGACUCUCACAACAAUCGACCUGCAGAACUUAAGCUUUUAAACCACGGUUUAUUUGAUUUUAAACUCCUGUGUGCGGUUUGUUAUAUUCCAGUUGAUGGGGGAGUACAUGUGCCUUACAAAUAAGGUUAGUUUAAAAAAAAAAAAAUCAAUCAAGCCUUUUAAGGUAGUUUACACACUUCUUUUUUUUUUUUUUUAUAGCCCAUGAGUUUUCAGUAUGGCUGAGCAGAGUAUUUUUCUUCAAAUAAAACUUUAUUAUGACUGUGA